UUCGGCUCGGGGAGGCGGUCGCGGCUGUGGGUUCCGAGCCCAGGCGCGACCGUGAGGUGUCCCGGCGCGCGUGGGGCUGUCGGGCACGCGCCGCUGUGCUCUCGCUCGGCCCCGUCCGGGGAGGGGGGCGGAAGGGGAGCUGGAGCCGCGGAAGGGGAAGGGAGCCGCGGGGGGCGUGGGGCGCCCUGAGCGCCGGGCUGCCGCGGGGAACCCGGGAGGUUCGCGGUAGGCGAGGUCCGCGCCCGCCGGGAGAGGCCCGGGGGCGGCCGCGCGAUGUUCGGGGCGCGGCUCCUGGCCCGAGCCCUGCGCUCCUGUUCCUCAGCUCCCUGCCCGGGACACAGACCUCCGGCCCGGCUGAGCGUGCGGGACGCUCUCGGGGCCCAGAGCACGAGUGGGGAGCGCGUUAAGGUCCAGGGAUGGAUUCGUUCAGUCCGAUCCCAGAAGGAAGUCUUGUUCCUGCAUAUAAAUGAUGGAUCCUCUUUGGAAAGCCUUCAGGUUGUAGCAGAUUCAAGCUUUGACAAUAGAGAACUGGCUUUUGGGAGUUCUGUGGAAGUUCAAGGGCAGCUGGUAAAAAGUCCAUCCAAAAAGCAAAAUAUGGAACUGAAGGCAGAAAAAAUUGAAGUUGUUGGAAAUUGUGAUGCCACGGCGUUCCCUUUUAAGUAUAAAGAGAGGCAUCCUCUGGAGUAUCUGAGACAAUAUCCUCACCUUCGGUGCAGAACUAAUGCUCUGGGCUCUAUACUGAGGGUUCGCAGUGAGGCCACAGCUGCUAUUCAUUCUUUCUUUAAGGACAAUGGCUUUGUGCAUAUUCAUACUCCAAUAAUCACAUCCAAUGACUGUGAGGGAGCUGGACAACUGUUUCAAGUUGAACCUUCAAGCAAAAUUAAGAUGCCUGAGGAGAAUUUCUUCAAUGUUCCUGCAUUCUUAACUGUUUCAGGACAACUUCACCUAGAAGUGAUGUCAGGAGCUUUUACUCAAGUGUUUACCUUUGGUCCAACAUUUCGAGCAGAGAAUUCUCAGAGCCGGAGACACCUGGCAGAGUUUUAUAUGGUAGAAGCAGAGAUUUCUUUUGUUGAGAGUCUUCAAGAUCUCAUGCAGGUUAUGGAGGGGCUCUUUAAGACUGCAACAAUGAUGGUUCUCUCAAACUGUCCUGAAGAUGUUGAACUCUGUCACAAGUUCAUAGCUCCUGGCCAAAAGGAAAGAUUAGAACAUAUGCUAAAAAACAACUUUUUAAUCAUUUCUUAUACUGAAGCAGUAGAGAUCUUAAAGCAGUCAUCUCAGAACUUCACCUUCACUCCAGAGUGGGGUGUUGAUCUACACACUGAACAUGAAAAGUACUUAGUGAAGCACUGUGGCAACAUACCAGUCUUUGUCAUUAAUUAUCCAUUAGCACUCAAGCCUUUCUACAUGAGGGAUAAUGAAGAUGGCCCUCAGCACACAGUUGCUGCUGUUGAUCUUCUGGUUCCUGGAGUUGGAGAGCUCUUUGGAGGAAGCCUCAGAGAGGAACGGUACCAUUUCUUAGAGCAGCAACUGGCCAGAUCAGGACUAACAGAAACCUACCAAUGGUACCUGGACCUCCGUCGAUUUGGAUCUGUUCCCCAUGGAGGUUUUGGGAUGGGAUUUGAACGCUAUCUCCAGUGCAUCUUGGGAAUUGACAAUAUCAAAGAUGUUAUCCCUUUUCCAAGAUUUACUCAUUCAUGUAUUUUAUAGCCGGAAGACUGGUUAAGGAAAAUUAACCUGUGCCAGACGUACUGCAUGUGAAUAUGCAUACAGGAGAAUGCAUGUUUGAAUUUUAGAAAUGCAGAAGGUUUCAGUAUGUAAUUGUCAUGCCAUAAGAUAGAGCAUAUGAAAAAUAGAACUGAUCAUAAUUUUCCUAGAAAGUUGAGAGCAUUUCAUGGGAAGAUGAACUCCCUCAAGAAGAGGUACUUGUAGCAGGUAGCAUCUCAAAUCUAUUAUGUGAAGUAAGAAGAAAUGAAGAGACUGAACCAUAGUCUGAAAGGUCUUUUCAAACUCUCAAGACAUGAUGAGAUGGUAUUUUAAUUUGUCUUUAAUCAUUAGAUCACUGCCUUCUGUGACCUUUGAGAAACACUUGUAGCUAAAAAGAAUGUUUUUUGGAUCAUUUCUCACGUGCCAUUUAACCUAUGAUAAAUGCCCAUCUUAUUUUCAUCAACUUACUAGACAUCACAGAAAAAAAUAUUCCUAUAGGGGUCCUUAAGUUACUAUUCUGAAUUGAAAUCUUUCAUCAGACUGGGUGAAAACAGUCACAUUUAAUAACUGUUGAUCUUUAAUUAUAAAAAUGAAUGAGAUGUAUUAAUUAUCUAAACUAACGACUGUUGUUAUAAUUUGUUUAUAAUAGAUGUUUAUAACUUCCCUGAUAAUAAAAUAGAUUUUUUUACCUAUGAAAGAAAAAUACAGCUAAAUUUUUAAAUUCCACUUGGCCUUUUCCCAAUGAAAUUUGGAAGAAAAGUAUUUUCAUUGCAAGAUGAUGAUACAAAUAUAGCUAAACCUAAAGGAUGGGUAAUUUGGGAUUCAAUAAGUAACAUUGUCGGACGUCUGGGUGACUCAGCAGUUUAGCGCCUGCCUUCAGCCCAGGGUGUGAUCCUGGAGUCUGGGAUCGAGUCCCAUGUUGGGCUCCCUGCGUGGAGCCUGCUUCUCCCUCUGCCUAUGUCUUUGUCUCUUUCUGUCUAUCACAUGAAUAAAUAAAUAAAAUCUUUAAAAAAAAAAGUAACAUUGUUACUUUUAUUAUUAGUUAUUGAGAGGAUUGCUGAUUUGGGAGUUGAGACCUGACAAUUGUAGCACUUUAUGUGUAUGUUUUUGGACAAGCCACUUACUCUGUAUGAGCUCAUACAUCAUUUUCCUCAGAGUUGAUAUAACAAUUAUAUGAAAGUGUGUGUAUAUGUGUGUUUAAAACUGUGAAAUGCU